AGGUGAAGGGCUUUCUUCCGGAUGGAGGCAAGUAGCUGGAAGUGAAGUCUAUGUGCCAUCACGGCGUCCGCGGAGGAGAAUCCAUUUUCUGGGUGGCGCAUUUGUCGGAGCUUCGCCCAGGCUAUUUUACGAGACCUUCCUGGAGACCAUGGGGGAUGAGUGCGAGGCCAUUGUCAUCGCCACUCCCUACACUUUGUCCUUCGAUUACGAUUCGAUGGCAGCACUUUCAGCUGCGUCGCUCGAGUCCGUUUCAAGGAGUUUAGCCGCAGACCUCCCGGAUUCUGUCGACCUUCCACUUGUUGCAGUCGGCCACUCAUGCGGCGCGUUGCUUCAUUCACUGCUUGCUGCUGAGGGAUCAUAUGAGGGCCAGGCUUGUGUGCUCAUGUCGUUCAACAACAAGCCGGUGAGCGACGCAAUCCCAGUGCCUUUGCCACCACGUCUUGAAGACUCCCGUCUUCGAGGGCUGGUGAGCCGCAACCUCGAGGCGGCUCUUGCCAACGGAAAUGUGGAGGAGACGCUGAAUGCAGCAAGGGCGUUGCUGCAGGUUGCUGGUGUCGAAGGAGACACAGAUCUGGCACGCAAAGCUGCUCCCGUUGUGUCGCAGUUUGGUCCACUGCUCGGGGGUGUUGUCGAAGGCGACCGAGACUUUUCUUUGUCCCGCUCCGAAGUGUCUGAGCGGGUGUCUUCCAUCUCCACGCGGACGCUGGUGGUCCGCUUUGCCAAUGACUUCACGGACGAGAGCGAGAGGCUAAAGGACAUCCUUCAAGAAGCCGGGCAGCAGGUUCAACUGCUACGAUUUCCCGGUGGGCACACGGCCCCGCUGGACAGCAGCGAUACUCGUCUUGCGAGACUUUGUGCCAACAUCGCUGCGUUUGCGGAUCAAGAGCCAGCAGGUCAGGAGGGCCAGAAAAGGAAUCUGUCCAGCCUGAAAGAUCGCUUCCUGCGCCUGUCUGCAGGGUGCAAUCGUGGAUUUUCGCCUCUGCCCGCGGAUCAGAGGGCCAACAUCUUGGAAUGCAUUGAAGAACUGGAAGCACUGAAUCCAGACGUCAAUGCAGGCACUCCGGUUGAAUGUGCAGAAGCUGUGUCAGCCAAGCUUGCCGGCAAGUGGCGACUGGUUUGGGCCACUUCUCCGGAUGUGCUACUGCUCUCGUCACUGCCACUGGCCGAGUGCGGGGAGAUCCGCCAGGACAUCAGUCUGGCACGGGCCAGAGACCUGGAGGGCGUGCAGAUCAAGGCGGUGAACUCCGUGGAGUUGUCCCCAAAAGGUGCUGGCCUAUUGGGAGCAGCUCUUCCGCAGGUGGCCAGGGCCGUCACUGUGGUCGCCAAGGUGCAAGCCAGUGGCAACGUCUUCGCGGAUGGCAGCUUCGGAAUCCAGUUUGAGGAUGCGAAGCUGGAGCCGCUGGCUGAAGGCUUCGAACUGCCAUCUCUGCCAUUGCUGCUGCCAUCGGUGGGGCUGUCGUCCAGCCUUGGGAGCAUCAAGCUUCUCACGACCUACCUGGACAAUGAGCUUCGCAUUGCAAGAUCAUCCCUUGGUGAUGUCUUCAUGUUUUCGAAAACAUUGUGACCAUGGUUCGUAGCCGCUGGAAGCCUUGAAUACUUGGACUGACCAAAGGCUUUAAGCUUUUGCCAAAGCUUUCACGGUGCGCUCACGGUUGUCAUCCCGACAA